AUGGAUGAAGAGGAGAAGAUUCUUGAGGUGGCCAAGAAGCUUAUGCCUUCUAAGCCAACAACCCUCAAGGAUAUGAGCAAGUGGCGUUCCUUCUUUGAAAACUGGAACUUGUACAUGAGUCAGUGUCGCGGUGCUGCGGCUAUCCCUCUUUCGUACGUUUACCGUACCAACGAGCAGCCCGAGACCGCUUUGGUCGGAACCUAUGUGAAUAUGGAUGCCUAUUUGGUUGCCCAGACAGUACUGUCUGGUUCCAACUUUGAGAUCGAUAAUCAAUGGGUUUUUGACGAAUUCAAGGAAGCAAUCACUACAACCGGACCUGGUUGGUCUUUCAUCAAGACGUACAACCGAAGCAAGGACGGUCGUGCUGCCAUUUUGAAAUUAAAGGAACAGGCGGAAGGAACAUUAAACGAGUCCGUUCGCCGUGAUGAUGCCAUCAAGAUCCUGUCAACUACGACAUACAAUGGUCCGAGUUGUAACUGGAAUAUUGAUAUGCUGUUGCAGAAAUUUCAGUAUGCCAUCUCGGAAUUGGUCGAAAUUGACGGAGUCGCGUUGCCGGAUGGGCAGCUUGUGACUUAUUUGGUCCAGGCAUUGAAGGACCCAAGUCUGAGUUAUGUUCGUGACACAAUUCGCACCAAUGCCACUUAUCGGAACAGUUUUCCGGAAGCGCAGCUUUUUGUGAAGACUUUUGUGUCUUCGUCCACGAGCAAAUCCGAAAACACGCCUCGACAGGUCAAUGAUGUGCAAACAUCAGGUAGUGGGGCCUCCGGUGGGAGUAAGAAAGGAGGUACCGGGAAAGGAGCCAGCAAGCAGACUCCCUUCAAGGGUGCAGUCACGGCUCGCAGUUAUACUCCGGGAGAAUGGAAAAGAUUGUCCAAGGACCAACAGGAAAAAGUGCGAUCGCUGCGUAAUAAAAAGAAGCAAGGAGGGAAACCCGAGGAAUCAGAGAGGAGUGUUGACAGUGUAGCACGGGAUGAGCCUGUGGACACUAAGGAAGUCCAUACCAGCAGUGAUAUGGAACCGACUUCAGAUGCGGCUGGCCUGCAAUUUGGCCGUGAUCGAGUGAUAUUGAGCCUCACCUCUACACGCAGCAUUUGUGAUCUCAACGCAUGCACUCAUCUUGGUGAGGGCCGCUGCGAGUUGGAUUCACAUGCAGACACAUGCGUGGCUGGGGCAAACACUGUCUUGAUUGGUGAAUCGCAGAAGUCCGUAACUGUGCGACCUUUCUCCGGUGAAUAUUCUGCACUGAAGAAUAUCCCCAUUGGAACGGUUGCCACAGCUUACACAGUACCAGAAGACGGGAGAGUGGUGCUUCUUAUUAUUAAUCAGGCCCUAUUCUUUGGGGACAGAUUGAAAAACACCCUAUUGACCCCCAACCAGAUGCGAGACUUUGGCAUUGAAGUUGACGAUGCCCCUCGGCAGUACGUCGCCAACUCCAAGCACUCUUUGUAUGUUCCUGACUCCCAACUUCGGAUUCCGCUGCAGCUGCGCGGUAUAUUCUCGUUUUUGGAGUCGCGGAAGCCCACGCAACAGGAACUUGACGAGUGUGAGCAUAUCAUACUCACCUCUGAUGUGCCGUGGGAGCCUUGCUCAACGGACUUUGCCCGUCGAGAAGAAGAGGCCGCUAAGAGAGACCGGAGCGUAUCAUUGGUAGACACAACGGGACUUUCCACUGGCCACGCAAUCCUAUCAGCACACCCAUAUGGUAUACGAACUGUUGCGGCUUCGCAGCAAAUACUUGAGACUUUUCGUUCCUUGACAGAGGUUGAAUUGUGCGAGACCAAUCUGGCGGACCGCCUUAUUGCCUGUGUUAAUGUUGCGUCGGAUGAUUACUGUGGAGACGGGUUGGACGGUAGAGCUGACUUGGAUGUGUACCCGGACUCAGAAGACUUCACUCGUGUCGUCUCAGUUUAUGAUGGGUCUAAGGAGCAGGGAGGUGGCAAACAUUGGAGAGAGAUUGAGCAGCGUCACCAUAUACAUCGCCAUGUAACGGAGCCACACAGCCAGUGGCAGAAUCGAGCUGAAGGAGAAAUUCGUGAAAUUAAGAAGGCUGUUCGGCACCGACUGCAGGUUUCUCGUGCACCACGGCGCCUAUGGUGUUUUUGUUGUGAAUGGGUGUCGGCUAUCCGUCGAUUAACUGCUCAUGACAUUCCUGCGCUAAACGGUCGAGUUGCCACGGAGCUUUUGGAAGGGGACACCCCCGAUAUUUCUGAGUACGCGCAAUUUGACUGGUAUGAGCCUGUCUGGUUCAUCGACCCAACUUCUGCUUUCCCUGAAAUGAAGAAGAAAUUGGGCCGAUGGGUCGGAGUUGCAUCAGAUGUGGGACAGGCGAUGACUUUUUGGAUUCUUCCAAACCAUCGAAAAUAG